AUAACAUAAACUUUACUACAAAAAAAUACCAAAAAAAAAAGAAAAAAAAAACUUAGUACUACAAAUUUCAACUAUGUCUAAUAUGUUCUUUCCACAUUUUCCUCUAACCUUUUUCUUCUGUUUCUGCCUAUUUUUCUCAUUUUCAUAUGCUCAUUUAAAGAGCCCUGAAACUCCCCAUUGUGAUUGUUCCUCUGCUCAUGACAAUAGCCAUGAAAAUAUUCCCACCAAGCCAGCUAAUCCUACCCCUGCAAAUAACAACAACCAGCAGGAAGUUCCUGCCAAGACGGCUAAUCCUACCCCUGCAAAUAACAACAACCAGCAGGAAGUUCCUGCCAAGCCGGCUAAUCCUACCCCUGCAAAUAACAACAACCAGCAGGAAGUUCCUGCCAAGCCGGCUAAUCCUACCCCUGCAAAUAACAACAACCAGCAGGAAGUUCCUGCCAAUCCGGCUAAUCCUUCCCCAACACAGAACAACAACCAGCAGGAAGUUCCUGCCAAGACGGCUAAUCCUUCCCCCGCACAGAACAACAACCAGCAGGAAGUUCCUGGGAAGCCUGGUAACCCUUCCCCCGCGCAGAACAACAACCAGGAAGUUCCUGCCAAGCCUGGUAACCCUUCCCCCGCACAGAACAACAGCCAGGAAGUUCCUGCCAAGCCUGGUAAUUCUUCCCCCGCACAGAACAACAGCCAGGAAGUUCCUGCCAAGCCUGGUAACUCUUCUCCUGCUAAUAACAAUAACCAAGACACUUCAACUAGGCAUAAUAACUUUGUAGGAUGCUUCCACAAGGUCUACGCUUUUGGAGACUCUUACACUGAUACAGGAAAUGCUAAUUUACUGGCUGGUCACACAUCGAGCAGUUCAGCAAAUUCAAACAAUAAUUUAUGUGAUGGACAUUUGAUGGUAGACUUUCUAUGUGAUGCUUUUAACUUACCACAUUUGCCACCCUUCCAAAAUACCUCUGCAAAUUUCCAAGCUGGGGCCAACUUUGCAAUAGCCGGAUCAACAAUUCUCUCUCAAGAUGAUUUUUCAACCAAGAAACUUACUAACCCAUUCUGGAAAGGAUUACCAAUGAACUUUCAAACUCAGAUUGAUUGGUUCUCUAAGUUCAAACAGCAGAUUGGAUGUACAGAUAAAAAUGGUAAAAAUUGUCAGGCUGAAAUGGAGAAUGCACUCUUCUGGAUAGGCUCUGUUGGUGUCAGUGACUAUGCUCGUAUACAAGGGUCCUCUCUAACUUCACAUUGGCUCACACAGCAGUCCGUCUUUCAAGUUAGCAGACUUAUCGAGGCAACAGUGCAAAGCGGAGCAAAGUACAUCGUAGUUCAAGGCUUACCACCACUAGGAUGCCUCCCAUUACAUAUCUCAUUGUGUCCACUGAAAGCUGCUCUUGAUCAUAUGGGAUGUGCAGCAGCUGUCAAUGCAGCAGUAAUGUUGCACAACCAGAUCCUUCAAAAGAAACUGGAAAUGUUCCGUAGUUUAUAUCCUAAUUGUCAUAUCUUAUAUGCUGACUACUGGAAUGCAUAUCUAACAAUUAAGAUGAACCUAAAAAAGUACCAAUUUGAGGAAGCUUUCAAGCCUUGCUGUGGAGCUGUAGGAGGACCAUUGAACUUCAACCUGCAUUCGCCGUGUGGCUCACCUGGAACCGUUAAAUGUAAUGAUCCAAGCAAAUUUAUCAGCUGGGAUGGUAUCCAUCUUACAGAAGCAAUGAAUCGGAAAGUCACUGAUCUUUUCCUCAAUCAAGGCUUCUGUCAACCCUCUUUUAGUGAGCUGGUCAAGGGUAAGAGUGGCAUGUAGAUUGGACUCGAUGUAACCUAGUAAAUAAUACCGCUCCGGAAAGACCAAAUCAAGAGAGCGAGAUAAUAAUAGGAAUGUUUCUUCCAUUGUAAGAAUGAAAAACUUUAGUGUAGGCAGAUUACCUCCUUUAUCAAUAAUAGAUAGACAACCUUUGUGGAGUACAACAAGUAUUUUCACCAAGCUGCAUUGUGAAUGCACAUGUAUUGUCAUGUAUGAAUCUAUAUAUAUGGUAAUUUAAUGGACUGGAAGGAUACUCUUCCUUUGCUGAGAUUUUCCACA